AAACACACAUCCGUCGGUAAAAUCAACAUCUUGUUUAUGAUAACUUUAAUACUAUGACGGUGGCGAUGAGUGUUCAACUGCAGUUUGUAAAUAUAGUUGUGGAUUUAUGGUUUUAAAAUAGUUGUGGCAGGGCACCAAUAUCUAUGAAUUCCUUGAAUUUCCGAAUGAACUACCUUCCUAAUAACGAGAUAAACCUUUUAAAUAUCGAAACGAAAUUGAUAUCGUAAUAUGUUGACGGAUUGAAUUUUCAAAACCAAAGUCCAUCAUUCUAGAAUCAAUAUGCUGUGUUCAUCAGCACGUUUACGUCAAAACUUCUAUUUAAUUAUUGGCGUCACAAUUGGCCUUCUAUUUAGUCUUAUUGUAGGUCCAUUAUUAGAAACUGGCUGUCUAUUUUCAAUAUCAGUUCUUGAAAGUGGAUCAAGUUCAAUUACUGUAAAAGAUGAAUAUGAACCUCAUAUUAAUUUGGCUGGCAAACCACAACGUGCUCAAAAAAUUCCGCAGACUUUAUUACGUCCAAGAUAUUAUUCAACAGAACUUGGAAUUCGAGAGAAAUUAUUCGUCGGUAUUUUGGCCAAUCAAGUUUCUGCAGAUGGUCUAGCGGUUGCAGUUAAUAAGACUGUUACACAUUGGGUAGACAAGACAAUUUUUUUUGUUGAUGCAACAAGUGGACACAAGUUAAAUGUAUCGUUAAUGAAAAUACCCGGUAUAGUUGGUUUUACAGAUAGUAGAAGUGUAUUGAAACCAUUUCAUAUGGUAAAAUAUAUUGCUGAUAACUAUUUAGACGAAUAUGAGUUUUUCAUGUUAAUAAAAGACAGUACAUACUUAAAUGCAGAUAAACUUAUGAAUUUAGUAAAAAAAGUUAGUGUAAGUGAAGAUGUAUAUGCUAGUGGAACUGUUAUUGGUACUAAUUAUUGUUCAUUAGAUGCCGGAAUAUUAUUAAGUAACUCUGUUAUUCGUAAAAUUAUACCAAAUAUUGAUUGGUGUGUACGUAAUGCUUUUUCUACUUCGGAUGAUGAUAAUUUUGGUCGAUGUGUAUUACAUUCUGUUGAUCUUCCUUGUCAAACAUCAAUUCAAGGUCAACUUUUAUAUAGUUAUCAUUUGUGGGAAGCCAAUGAUCUUGGUCAUUUACUUGAUGAACCAUUGAAACAUAAAAAUUUUAUUCAUGCUUUAACUGUUUAUCCCAUGCCAAAUGCUAAGACAAUGUAUAAAAUUCAUUUGAUUUAUUGUAAAAUGAAUUUAGAAAAAUCUAACAUGUAUAUUGAAGAACUAAGACGUUCUAUUGUAGCUGAAUCAGUUUUCGAACCACUAGGUUUUAGAAAAGUAACUUGGCCUGUUGGAAGCCAGUCAGGCAGCUUGCCUUCAACUCGUUUUGAUGUGUUAAAAUGGGAACAUUUUACAGAUACUCAUUUAUAUUUAGAUUCUAGACUAAGCAAUAUAAGACCAUUAAAUGAAGCUGAAAGUGCUGAUAUUCGUAAUGUUUUAAAUAUUAGUAUUGAGCAUUUGGAAUUAAAAUAUUUAAAUAAUUUGAAAUUCGAUCAUUUGGUUAAUGGGUACAAACGAUUUGAUCCAUCAAGAGGAUUAGACUAUAUAUUGGAUUUAAACUUUAAAGAUAUUAUUGGUAACACAUUUAUACAAAAAAGAGUUGAAGUUAGUAAGUUACUUGGUAAAGUUGAAAUGUUAACAGUUCCAUAUGUAACUGAAUAUACUCGUGUGCACAUACUCUUACCUGUGCAUACCAGUGAAAAAGAAGACGCUUUUCGUUUUUUGAAACAAUUUAAACAAAUUUGCAUUGAUAAAAAAGAAAAAACAAUGCUUAUGUUGAUUUUAUUGUAUGAUGCUAAUGCACCAGGUAAAGGUGCAGUUGAUGAUGUAUUUAAACAAUUAAAAGACGAGGCAACAUCAUUGAGUAAUACUCAUAAAAAAGAUGGUAUCAAAGUUGCAUGGUUAUCGGUUAGAGUAUUUAAUACAAAACUGUUAGCAUUAAGAGAUGCAUUAUUGGAUUUUGCAAUUGUAGAUUUAGCAAUUAAAAAGUUUCCUUCUGAUGCUUUAAUGAUGUUAGCUAGACCAAAAAUGGAAAUUCGACAGGAUUAUUUAAAUAGAAUAAGAAUGAAUACUAUUAUGGAAUGGCAAGUAUUUAGUGCUCUGCCAUUUUCUGAAUAUGAUCCAAAUCUCAUGACAUAUCCAAAACAAACUACUUUGGAUAUAAACCAACAUUAUGGCCAUUUUGAUCCUUUUGACUUCAGUCAUUUGUCUUUCUAUGCAAAAGAUUAUGUUAUUUCCAGAAAACGUGCAGAAUCAAUAAUUCCUAUUGUUAGAGCCGAUCGGGACAUACGUCAAUUGGUGUCAGAAUUUACAAGUCAUUCUUUAAAAGUUGCCAACAUGACUAAUCCAUCAGUGUAUUCUAUGUUUGUAGCAUUUAGUGAUUGUCAUAUAUUUAGAGCUGUAGAAUCUGGACUACGAUUAAGACAUAAACAAAGACAUUGUGAAUUAUACAAAGGAAAUAUUGUUGAUAAUUUGAGUGCAGCUUUAUAUGGGGAUUGUAUAAGAUCUAGAAAUCGAAAUUCUGGUUCUAAAGGCCAAUUAGCUAGGCUGGUAUUAGAAUAUCAGAACCAAGUAAAAUGAUAUUAUUGCUUCUUAAACUGAUUCAGAGUUAUGUAUCACAAUUUUUUGCCCAACACAUACAAAUUCCUAAGACUAGGAUCAUAUCUACUAUUAAUUUUUUCUACUUUUUAUAUUUUUAUGCCAAAAGUUUGAUUUAUAUUUUUGUUAAUC